UAAACAAUCAAAACAUACACAAAUUCACUCAAAAACCCCCAAAUCCAAAACCCUCGUCCGCCGCCGCGACCGCAACCGCAACCCUCCGCUCCGGCGACUGCAGCCACCGUCACAAAUCCGGUCGACCAAAUCACAGCUCAUAAUAUACUGAAACAAGUUUUAUCUCUCAAAGCAGUGAGCAUCCUAUCGAUGAAAAUAAUUGAGGCCAGCGCCGGCGCUCUCACUAAUUUUGAAUUACUUGACCUCUUGAGAUCAAGAGGGGCUGGAAAGGAUGCCUCACGAGCUAUUGCAACCGUAUCUCAAUCUGAGUUCAAGGUUUUUGAUUAUUUAGAGGGGACUGUUGCUUGCAAUCAAACAAGGGAAAUUAUCGUUAACUUUGUUGCUGAGUGCCAAAAAUUUGACCUUGCAAAGGCAGAGAUUCUUAAUAUUGUGAAUUUAAGACCAACAAGUGAAGCUUUGCUUUUCCCGCUCAUCGAGGAAUGCGAUUCGCGUAUGAUGAAAGGUAAGGUUGAAGAGCUUGCAGAGACCAUCACAAGGAUUUUGCCACCUCAUCCGUCUCAGGUGGAUGAAGCAAAUGAGGAAGCUGCUGAGGGGGAAGAAGAAGAGACCGAGCCUGACCAAGCUGCUGAGGGGGAAGAGGAAGGGGAAGGGCAAGAAGAAGAAGAAGAGACUGAGCCUUAAUCAUACUACAUAGUAUACUUCUUUUACUAUCUCUGCUUAAUUUCUUUAGAGCAUUAGCCAUGAAUUCUAGUUAGUGUAACAAGGAAGAUGGUAGUGUGAAAUUUUGCACAGUGACUAGUCUAAUUAACAACUGAACUCUCAAGAGCCAAUCACUACAUCAAUGUCAAGUUAUUUUUUUGUGCUUUUGUAAA